CCACCGACUUUGACGAUUCUCAAGUUUAGGGUUUUCGUUCUUCCCCAAAUUCUCUCUCUCUCUCUCUCAAAUCUCUUCAAAUCUUUUUACUAGCUGAUCGAUCAUGGCUAUUGAAUGCUUGAAUCAAAGUACCCUUAUCGAUCACCGGCCGAGGAAAAGGCCAAGAUGGGACGUCCAGCCCCAGGCUCAGAUAGGAAUGUUAUAUGGGCAAGAAGUUGGACUUGGAGACUUGUCAAGCUUGGUAUCAUCGAUGGCAUCUUCUUUAUACGCGAAUGGAUUGGCUCGAAAUGCCUCCCCUCCUAGGAGAGGAGAUGAUAAAGACGGUCAUUACAUGUUUGCAAUUGGAGAUAAUUUAACUUCUCGCUAUAAAAUCUACCGCAAAAUGGGCGAAGGUACCUUCGGACAGGUAUUGGANAUCAAGAUUGUUCGUUCUGAUGAUAAAUAUCGUAAGGAUGCUAUGAUUGAGAUUGAUGUCCUUCAGCGAUUGAAGGAGCAAGACAACUCUGUUAGUCGUUGUGUACAAAUACGGAACUGGUUUGACUAUCGUAAUCAUAUCUGUAUCGUAUUUGAGAAGCUUGGACCAAGCUUAUAUGAUUUUCUACGGAAAAAUGGCUAUCGCCCAUUUCCCACUGAUCUAGUUCGUGAGCUUGGCAGACAACUCUUGGAAUCCAUCACAUUUAUGCAUGAAUUGCAUCUUAUACAUACCGACUUGAAGCCUGAGAACAUUCUUUUCGUUUCUCCUGAGUACAUAAAAGUAUCCGACUACAAGGUACUUGGUGGGGUGGAUGAUUUAUGUUCUGUUCUAAGAUUACCCAAAUCUAGUGCUAUCAAGGUAAUUGAUUUUGGCAGCACAACCUAUGAUAGCCAAGACCAUAGUUAUGUUGUAUCUACAAGGCAUUAUCGGGCUCCUGAGGUUAUUCUGGGUCUUGGAUGGAGUUAUCCUUGUGAUAUAUGGAGUGUGGGUUGUAUACUCAUGGAGCUUUGUUCGGGAGAGACAUUGUUCCAGACCCAUGAGAACUUAGAACACUUGGCCAUGAUGGAGAGGGUUUUAGGUUCAUUGCCGCAACAUUUGUUAAGGAGAGCAGAUCGACGUGCUGAGAAAUACACCAGAAAAGGUCGAUUAAAUUGGCCAGAAGGUGCAUCUUCCAGGGAUAGCAUUAAGGCCGUUUCAAAGUUAGCUCGCCUUCAGAACUUGGUGAUGAAACAUGUUGACCACUCAGAGGGCGAUCUUGUCGAUUUGCUAAAAGGACUACUCAAGUAUGAACCUUCCGAACGGUUGACUGCGCAAGAAGCUUUGCAGCACCCUUUCUUUACGAGGAAACACUAAUCAGAAGGGAUGAAAUCUUGUUGAUUCGUUGUCGCAGCUGUUUUGACCCCCCUUAACCUGUACACUAGCCGUAUUGAUUUCGAAUUUGAGUUCUUUCAUUGUAUAUAUUGUGGGUUGAGAUAUAUGAAGUUUUGCCUAACUUCAUCCUUUUUGUAUACAACUGUAACAUGUUUCAAUAAAGUCAUACAUCCGUUGGAAGUGUGUAGA